AUGCACGCCCGUCGUCGCUCUACGUCUCUUCCUCCAAAUGAUGCGCCAUAUCAGCCAAUACCCCAGGAGGUGUACUCCCCAGACUUCGCCCAUGCUAUACCGUCCACGGUCCUGGAAACAGAGCUAGACGUCGAAGAGGCCGAGGGCGCCGUUCUCUCCGAUCCCAUCCUGCCGCACCCAGUGGACAACCAGGUAAGAUGGAUCCACUUCGUGCUAGGGUGCGCUGUUCUGCUGCCAUGGAACGUGAUGAUCACGGCGACGCCGUACUUCUUGUCGCGACUGGAGGGCUCCCCGAUGCGGAGGGCCUUCAGCUCCUAUCUCUCCACCUCCUUUACAUUCGCCAACUUUUUCUUCCUCGCGCACGCAACUGCGACUUCGAAGAAGGCGUCUUCCUCGAAACAAGUCCAAUGGGCGACCCUCACCCUCGCCAUCCUCACACUCCUCCUCACCCUAAGCACAUACGUGACGCUGCCCCCUUCCCUCUUCUUCCCCUUCGUGAUCGUCAACGCAAUCGCGCAGGCGGGCGCAGGAUCCUACCUGCAGACCUCCGUCGUCGCCAUCGCGUCGCUCUUCGGCCCAGCAACGAUGCAGGCCGUCAUGUCCGGCCAAGCCGCCGUCGCGAUCGUCGUGUCCUCAGUGCAGGUCAUCAGCGCGAGCGCCUCGUUGCGCACGUCCUCCGCGCCCGCAGCCGCGAUCGCGGGCAACGGAGACACGGAGGCGCGCUCCGCGUUCAUCUUCUUCGCGCUCUCGACGAUGUUCCUCGUCGCCACCGCAGGCGCGAACGUGUGGCUGACGCGCAUGCCGGCGUUCAGGGCCAUCGUCGCGCCCGCCGCGGGCGACGAGCCGCACUACGCGCGCGCACGCAGCCUGUCGGUCGACCAGUCUGAGCGGCGUCCGCUCGUUUCCGACGCUGCCGAUCUGAGCGCCUCUGGCAAGAGCAGGAUCUUGCGGAUCGCGAAGAAGAACGUGCUGUACGAGCUCGCGGUCGCCUAUGUAUUUGUGAUCACCCUGUCGGUCUUUCCGCCUCUGACGAUAUCCGUGCAGCCGACGAACCCGAACACGUCGCCGCUGAUUUUCAGCUCCAUCCACUUUCUCGUCUUCAGCUGCGGCGAUUUUCUGGGGCGCCACCUCUGCUCCUACCCGCGCCUGCUCAUCUGGUCCGCGAAGCGGCUCGGCACGCUGUCGCUCCUCCGCACGCUUUUCAUCCCCCUCUUUCUGGCGUGCAACAUCCAGCGGGACCCCGGUAUGCCUGCGGGCGCAUCCACGCCACUCAUAGGCUCCGAUGUGCUGUUCAUGUUGAUUCUGCUCGUGUUUGGGGUGUCGAACGGGUACGUGUCGAGCUUGUGCAUGAUGUCCGCGGGCUCGCUGGAGCACAAUCGUCGGCUUGAGGGACGGAAGGAGGACGUGGACAUCGCGGCGACGGUGGCGAGCUUUUGUUUGGUGGGAGGCCUCGUCUUGGGCAGCGUGAUGAGCUUUGGGGUUCGGGCGGCGGUGUGCGGAUGCAAUCCGUUUACAGCGUGA